AUGGCCAGCGCCGUCAGCAUCGUCCUUCUCAUCCUCAUCACCCUCUUCUUCCCUCCCGUGGGCGUCGUCAUCGUCGCCGGCUGCGGUGCCGAUGUCCUGAUCAACAUCUGCCUUACGCUGCUCGGAUACAUCCCAGGCCACAUCCACGCGUUCUAUAUCCUCUACGUCUACUACAGCCGCGCCGACCGCCCGACCGGGGAGCGCGCGCCCGGAAUCUACUCAGAGCGCGUGCAGAACGGCGGCCACGGCCACGGCCACCCGGCGGGCGGCUAUGGCACCAUCAACAACCCGCCCCCACCCCAUGCCGCCUAG